CUUAUACAACUUUGGUUUAGAGGUUGUUCUUCGCGUCCCUUCCCUUCCCUCCCCCUUUCCCCUAAUGAACGAGGGAGAGGGCAUACCCGAAGGAGCCACCACCGCAGCAACCCACAUGGAAAGCCUAACGACGAUCGCCGCCGCCUUUCUCUCCUCCAAGCAGGUCUCCCCCUUCAUCGCCCUGCCGCCGGCGCCCUCCUCCGUCAUCCUCCUCCCCGGCGGCCUUCUCCUCAACCUCCUCCGCCGCUUCCUCCUCCUCUUCCUGCACGCCGUCGUCUCCUUCCUCCUCUUCCUCCUCUCCCACCUACCCUCCUUCUCCUCCUCCUCCCACCCCACCGCUACCGCGGCCGCCCCCGGUGGCACCACCGCAGCCGACCGCGCCCUCGCCCACGUCCUCUCCACCGUCUCCCGCGUCCCCGUCGCCUCCCGCAAGUACGAGCUCGUUCGCUCCCUCGCCGAUCGCCUCCUCGACGACAACCUUCGCCUCGGCGCCGCCACCGGCCUCGACGAGCUAAACCGCGCCGCCCUCUCCUCCGCCUUCUCCCGCACCCUCCAACAUCUCGAGGCCGCCACAGCCGCCGCUGUCUCCGCCUCCUUCGCGGCGGAUCGGUCGUUGGACAUGAUAAUCGGGGUGGUCAGGUCCGCGAUAAGGCGGUUUGCGGUAGCGGAGGAGGGGGACGUGGUGGGCGGGUCGGCGGAGAAGCUGGCGGCGGAGGCGCUGUGGCUGGGGCAGAAGAUGGCGGAGUGCGGGGCGGCGCCGGACGCGGUGGCCCGGUGGGGGGAGGCGGCGGAACUCGGCCGCGUUGCCCUCUAUGCCGAGCCCCGGCUUCAGGUGGCUCUCGCUCGCGUGUCCGCAAAGCCCAAUGCUCAAAGCAAGAGCUUUUUCCAUGCAGCAUUCUUACUCAAGCAUGCCAACUCUACGCAAAUGGAAGAAUGGAAAGGAGAAGGCGAAGAUGGAUCCAUAGCACACUAUCGGAUGGCAAUGCUGACUUCAUGGUUGCCGUUGCUUUGCCGAGCUAGCAAUGGUGUAGGCACUCCCAUACUGAGCAGUGGGGAAAGAGUAGAGAUGGUGAGGGUGCUGGAGGAAAUAAUCGAGAAGUUAAGUUGGGAACAGCAGGAAGAAGUCCUGGCACUCUGGCUUCAUCACUUCACCUCCUGUCCCGACUCUGACUGGCCAAAUCUAGUGUCAUGCUACACUAGAUGGUACUCAGAAUCUCGGAAGUUCCUUCUAAAAUAAUGACCAAUGUAUAUUAUUUUAUUUUCCAUUAGCGCAUAUACAUAUUCUCUUAGUCCAAUACUAGGUAUUGCCUCCAUGGAGGAUCUCAAAACUACCCAGAGGAUAGAUGCCUCAAUCUUUCAGAAGCCUUAGCUAGGUAGUUUAUAUUGGUGUACAAUCUAUUUACUAUUUAUAUAUUGCAACAGAGUAGGGCUUUUUGAAUGUAUACAUACAAUUUCAUUAAUCUAGAAACUUAUGAUCAUUGUAGGAAA